AUAAGAUUGGAUAUAUCUUAUCAUUCUGCAACUUAAGAUAGACUCUAGAUCGAUGUAGAAUGCAUAUGGAUAUAUACAACACAUGAGUUUUACUACGUAUGCAGCGUUGUCUGAAUGCUGUGUGUCCUAUUUUUACAAGCGUCAUCUAAAGGCCUAGUCAACACUGCUGGGUUAGCCCUCCCCAUAAUAGAGCAGCGCCAAGCAGGGACGUACCCACCCGAUUGUCACCAUGUUUUGCAACUGGAGGGACUGCCAGGAAUACCGGUCUCUAGGCCUGCCUCUCUCUACCACCAGUAAUGAAGCUUGUAAACUGUACGACGCCACUCUGACGCAGUACGUGGGCUGGUACGAUGACGACAGUAUGGGCGGACUUGAAAACUGUGUCGCCCAGAUGUUAAGUGCUGACCCUCAGUUUGUGAUGGGACACGUUUUGAAAAAUGGACUUGACUUGAUGGGAACAGGGCGGAGCGUAGCCUUGGAUACAGACUUCAAACGAGACAUUGAUGCCAUGGUUACGCUGUCUGACUCCGGCCCUAUCAAUCAGAGAGAGCAGUUGCACGUGCAGGCCAUAAAGCUGUGGGCUGAUGGCCAGAUGAGAUCAGCCUGUGACAAAUGGGAGACAAUCCUUGUUGACAAUCCCUUAGACAUGUUAGCCAUUAAAUUCGCGCAUGACGCAUACUUCUAUUUGGGUCUUCACCCUCAGCUGCGAGAUUCCCCCGCCAGGUGUCUCCCUAACUGGAAACCCAGCAUGCCACUCUACAGUGACCUUCUGGGCAUAUAUUCUUUUGGAUUGGAAGAAACGAAUCUAUACAGUCAAGCGGAGAAAGUGGCCAGGCAGUCACUGGAAAUGAAGAAACAAAGCGCCUGGUCGACACACACGUUGUGUCACGUGAUGGAGAUGGAGGGGCGCCAAAAUGAGGGUAUUGGUUUUCUGAGCAGGACGCUGAAUGAUUGGACGAAAUGUGGCAUGCUGGCGUGUCACAAUUUUUGGCACUGGGCACUGUAUCAUAUAGAAAAGAAUGAACAUCAAGGAGCCUUGGACAUAUUUGACACUGAGAUAGCCGUCAGUUUAAAAAAAUCCGGCGCCAUGUUGGAUGUGGUCGACGUAUGCUCACUGCUCUACAGAUUGGAGUUGGAAGGCAUUGACGUGGGUAGCCGAUGGAAUGACACUUUUGAAAUCAUCCGACCUCAUGUAGAAGAUCACAUUCUAGCCUUCAACGAUGUGCACAUCAUGAUGGCGUGUCUGGGAAGCAACUCCAAGGAGAUAGUGCAAAAAAUGAUGGACUCUUUGAGGGGAUUCAUAAGAGACGGCAGUGGUGACAAUCACGACCUUACACGAGACAUAGGCAUGCCGAUGUGUGAAGCAUUCUUGGCUUAUGACGAAGGGGAUUAUGGGAAGGCAGUUGAGCUGCUACUUCCGUUACGGUAUGACGUUAUCAAAAUUGGCGGUAGCCAUGCCCAGAGGGACAUAUUUAACCUACUUCUAAUUCAUGCGGCUCUCAAGUCAGACAUUGCUGAACACAAGAAACUUGCCAGACAUCUACUGAUGGAGCGCAAAGCUUUGAAGGAAAAUUCACCAAUGACAGAUCGUCUUAUCGCAAAAGCUAUGGCAACGCACGUGGACUGACCGGAAGGAACUACUUUCGGAGGUAUCAAAUCGCCUAUAUAGCGAUUGGACAUGAGAUUUGGAGAGAUUUUGUGCACGAGCAGGACAACUUCAUAGCCACUGGCUUGGAUUGAUCGGUAAGCCGGAGCCAUGGACUUUCUAGACAUCGUCGAAACGACAGAUUUGUUGGUGAUGUAACUGUUUGACGCUGCUGGGAUUUUUGCCUUUGGUGGCGCCUGAUAUUUAACAAAGUUGAAUAUUAUUAUGGUUACGAUCACGGGCAAAAGUGAAAUUUCUCCUGUUUGCUGUUGCAUUUUUGUUACUACUAGUUUAUUAUUACAUCUACACACUUAAUAUUCAGAAUAUUUGAUAUUCAGAAUAAGAUCUUCUGUAUAAAUAACAGUAUUAAUAUUCAUGUUGUUCCAUUUAUUUCCCAUUGGAAGAAAGAAAAACCGACUUGCACUUUUAAACGUCACAUGCGUGCAGCGUCUCGUACCUUUAUAGCCAAGCCCUUAGAGAGCUCUGUCAAACGCGUGAUACACUUACUUUGAGACUAAUACUGGUCUUAUAUUCGUUUAAACCGCCCUUUGCUUUCGCAAAAAUUUGAAUAUGUAUAAGUAGACAAAAUACAAGUAUUCAGCACAACAAAAUAUUUGGAUGUUUAUAUUUUAUAUACCUUUUAGCGUAUCGUAUAAAUAUGUAUAUCCACACAUUACACUAAAAAGCCCAUUACUGACACUUAUGUGUAUGUGGAAAAUUUUACUAAUGUAUCUAAAGUUUGUACAUAUUAAAAUUAAGAAUUAUGGAAAAUGUAGACAAAUUUCAAAAUCCCAGCACAGUUCUGUAAAUUUUCAAAUCAGAAGUGUCCAGUCGUCCAGAAAAGUUAUAUGGCCUGAAAAGAGAUGGUUGCCCGCUAAAAUGUACUCUUGAUCAAAAACGCCAAUUUUUCGUUCAAAUGAGGCACUGUGUCUUUAAUUUACAAUAUGAAGAUCAACAUUAACCAGAAAAAUAUCUUUACUGAAGCUAUCAUAUGAGUAUUUCUGCCAAAGUUUCGUUCUGGUUAACGUUGGUAAAAACUAAACUUUAUAAUGUGAUUAAUUUUGUCAUAUUUAAAAACAUUUAAAAUUCGUGUUUCGUCCAUAAUCUAUAGGUCAUACUGCAUAGUCUGUAUAUGGAUAACGGGUUGCGUUUUGAGAAAGAGUUCGAAUCUUUGUUGUUCUUUUUUGCUUUGGUAACAUUCUUUUUGUGUGAGAAAAAGAUAUAAGCUGUCUUGCAUUAAAUAAGCGUUAUCAUGAAUUAGAAUGGAUAAUUGUUAAGUUAUUUUAUUACGUAACGUGUGGCAUUUAUGGCGGAAUCAUAAAUGAAUACCUGGUUGAGAGCACUUGUGGUCCUCGUUAACAAUGUUAUGCGUAGAAGAAGUAUAAGGCUCAACAUUUGUUGUCUAUGUUUAUAAAUGAGUGGUGCAUAACUGCUUGCUCAAUAAUUUUUCAGAAAGAUACAUUUCGGUGUAGUGAUUUUCCCCACUCUACAAUGUCUGAUGCGAAAAAAAAAGAGAUAUUUCGUGCCACUGAAGCAGUCUACCAUUUUUUUUUUCGAUUCUAUGACCUGUGCUUUCCUUCCGUGUAUGUUUGGAGCUUUAUAAUUAACAGGAAAAGAAGAGUAAGAGAGAACUGAAAAAUAAGUAGCCUCAUGAGUGUGUCUGCAGCAGUGACUCACAGCUAUUGUCUGUUUCCCUACUUGAGGUGCACAGCUUCUUGCACUGAGGCUGAUUGCCCGCCUUGCCCUACCAGGUUCUUUGUUAUAAUAAUUGUGUUCAAAUUCAUGAAUAAACAAACUUUCAUACAAACACGUACCAUUAUUCCACUAAAAAGCAUUUUGAUUUAUGUUAUCAAAAACUAUACUAUUGAGACUAUUCGU